AUGUGCAAUUGCAACAUCUUCUAUAUCUACCCUUUUGAGAAAACCAACUCGCUAGAGCUCAUGAUGGUUCUUUCUUUCAUUUUUCAUGUUGAGGCCCAAGACAGUGACACGGAUACCAUGCCAGAUUUGUCCCGACCUGUUCAUCCAAACAAGGUGGUUGUAUUAGUGGCCCUCUCAAUAUUGUUCACCUUAACUUUUCUCUUACUCGCAUAUGUAAGAUUUCGUAGAAACACUUCUGAACUUUUCCACAGAAGUAACCAUCAUUUACCAACUUUUCAAGCACUAACUCACACAAGGUCAAGGCUUUCAGGGAUAGAUAGAGAAGUGAUUCAAACACUCCCAUUUUUCAGGUUCUCUUCCCAUAAGGGAUCCAAACAAGGCCUUGAAUGCACAGUUUGCCUUUCACAGUUUGAGGACACUGAGAUUCUUAGACUGUUGCCAAAGUGCAAACAUGCUUUCCACAUGAACUGCAUUGACAAGUGGCUUGAAAAUCACUCUAAUUGCCCUCUUUGCAGGAACAAUGUUGACCCUUUAGACAUCAAGAACUUCACCUAUUCAUUCAGCUCAAAGUUCCUAAGAAUUCCUUCAAAUUUAUCUGAAGACACAACAAACCUUGAAAUCUUUGUUCAGAGGGAACCUUCCCAUAGAGGGUCUUCAGUUUCAUCAAGAUUUAACAUUGGAAGCAGGUUUUGGAAUUUGGGUAGGAGCAACAAAGAAGAAACUCUCAUUGAUCAAGAGGUUUGUGCAAAUGAGAAACACGUGCACAAGUUCAAUCACAAAAUUGUGAUCUCUGAUGUUGUUACAAGGAGUAGGUGGAGUGAUCUUAAUUCUUCAGACAUGUUAUUAUUGAACAGUGAGAUGCUUCAUGACAUGUCAAGCACAAGAUUUCGUGCCUCAAACAGUGAAAAGUUUUGUGAAAGUUCAAGGUUUCUUUCCACUACUUCUUUCAAUGAGGAUGAAAAUUCAUUUAUGUCAAUGAAUCCUGCUAAGAAGAGAUCUAUGUCUGAGAUUGCUCAUGUUCCAAGGUUCAUAGAAAUGAACGAGUACAAUGGAAUGAAAGAAGGUAUGGCAUCAAGUGAGAACAAUGGGAGGGAAGAGAGGCUGAGGAGGAUUUGGUUGCCAAUUGCUCAACGAACAGUGAAAAGGUUUUCAAGACAAGAAAGAAACUCGAGAGAAUUAGAUCACAAAAGUAUGGCUUUAAAUGUUUGA